AUGGCACCCAAUGAUUCAAAAAAAACUUUUGUGGAGCCAGAGGUGGAAAGUGGAAAAUCGGGAGAUAGGGUCUUCAUAACAGGAAUGUCAGGUUUAUAUCCUGAAUCCAAGAACGUGAAGGAUUUGUCAAAUAUUUUAUAUAAUAAGAUCAAUCCUGUUAAUGCAGAAAGAUGUCGUUGGCAAUAUGAUCAUCCUGAAGUCGCCAAAUACACUGGGAAAGUGCCUGACCUGUCGUCAUUUGAUGCACAAUUCUUUAAAGUCCAUUAUCGCUUAGGAAACAAUAUGGACGCAAUGGGACGUAAAAUUUUAGAACAGGCCUACCAAGCCAUUUUUGAUGCCGGAAUCAGCCCAGUGGAACUCUCUGGAAAAAAAGUAGGCGUAUAUGUUGGCAGUUGCUUUUCUGAAACCGAAAAAGCUUGUUUUUACGUCGUAAAUUCUAGAACAGGCUUUGGUAUUGCAGGAUGCAGUAAAACAAUGUUUGCCAAUCGAAUCUCAUACUGGCUGAAUGCGAAAGGGCCAUCUAUGGCUAUAGAUGAGGCUUGCUGCAGUUCUACUUGUGCACUCGAGCAGGCUUACCUAGCUAUUAGUCGUGGAGAAUGUGAUGCCGCAAUUGUUGGAGGAGCCAACCUGUGUCUGCAUCCACAAUCCUCUGUCCACUAUGGGAGAAUCAUGAAACUAAGUAUGGAUGGUAAAACAAAAUCAUUUGAUAAUAAUCCCGCUGGAUGUUCUAAAUCGGAGUCAAUCAAUGUCCUUUUCUUGCAAAAAGCUAAAGAAGCACUAAGAGUUUAUGCAGAAGUUGCUUAUAUUAAAUGUGAGUUUACUCAACUAGAAGAAGAUGAAACUGGUCCAAAAUACGGUUUCUACAGAAAUCCUAACAUUUCGGCUGAUUUUAUAAAAAAAUUCUAUCAAGAAGCUGACGUUUCACCAGAUAUCGUGGAAUAUGUUGAAGCGGUUGGUUCAGCUGUUGCUGAAGCUGAUAGAUCAGAAUUACAAUCGAUUGAUGAAGUUUUUUGCAAAAAUAGAAGUGAUCCCCUAAAAGUAGGAAGUGUCAUGUCUAACAUUGGUUAUACAGAAGCUGCUUCAGGAAUAUGUGCCAUUACUAAAGUUCUCCUGGCUUAUCAUACUGGAAAGAUCGCAGCGAAUUUACAUUGUGAUUCACCGCGGCAAGAUGUUGCGGCACUCCGUGAUGGUCGAAUGUGCAUUGUCACAGAUCACAUGGACUUCAGCUACUCCUACACAGCUGUAAACGGCCUGUCAGUCACAGGCGUCAACUCACACGUCUUACUAAAAGGCCAUUAUAAGCCAAAGGAUUUAUCUCGUUACAAAGCUACUAUUCCACAAUUAGUGACACUCUCAGGAAGGCAAGAAUCAUCAGUAGUAAAAAUAAUUAACGAUUUAAAAACACGUCCUGUUGAUCCCGAGGAGCUAGCUUUGCUUCGAAACAUUCAUAAAAGUAGAAUUUUCGGUCACUUGGGUAGAGGAUACACGAUCCUUGAUACAAACGAAGAAGGUAAAACGAUUAGUUUAUGUAAAAAAUCUAACUACUUCGAUGAUGUCAAGCGACCACUUUGGUUCAUGUAUAGUGGAAUGGGGUCACAAUGGGCAGGAAUGGGAACACAACUUAUGCGCAUACCAGUUUUUGCUGCAGCUAUCGAACGUUGUCGUCGAGCUCUUGAACCUAAAGGAAUUGAUAUAGUACAUAUCAUAACUUCCACAGAAAAAACAAUAUUUAAUAAUAUCUUACACUCCUUUGUUGGAAUCGCAGCAAUUCAAAUAGGGCUUACCGAUGUUUUAAAAAAAUUGGAGAUUUACCCUGAUAUGAUUAUAGGACACAGUGUGGGGGAAUUAGGAUGUGCAUACGCUGAUGGUUGUUUUACAGCUGAAGAGAUGAUUUUAUCUGCUUAUAAUCGUGGUCUAGUAUCUUUGCAAACACCAUUCAUAAGAGGAUCAAUGGCUGCCGUCGGUGUUGGAUACCAACAGAUAGUUAAAAUGUGCCCUCCAGAAAUAGAAGUAGCAUGCCAUAACGGUCCUGACUCGAGUACUAUCUCCGGACCAGCGACUGUAAUGAAAGAAUUUGUAGACCAAUUAACUUCCAAAGGUAUUUUCGCUAAGGAAGUGCCAUGCUCAAAUAUUGCAUAUCACUCGCGCUAUAUUGCUGAAGCAGGUCCCGGCUUACUCAAAUAUUUAACUGAAGUCAUCAAAUCUCCAAAGCCCCGUAGUGAAAAAUGGGUGUCAACUUCGGUACCAAAAGAAAGAUGGGGAGAAGAAAUUGCUAAGUAUUCUUCAGCUGAGUAUCAUACAAAUAAUUUAUUGAAUCCGGUGCUCUUUGAGGAGACGUCACGGUUAAUCCCAGCUAAUGCAGUGGUGAUCGAAAUCGCACCACAUGGUUUGUUGCAAGCCAUCGUCAAACGGUCGCUACCUGAUUCAUGUCGGCACAUUCCACUCACUAGGCGUGGACACGUUGACAAUGCACUAUUCUUGCUAGAAGCCAUAGGAAAACUUUAUAUGGAUGGAUUUAAUCCUAAAGUGGAAGUUCUGUAUCCUAAAAUCGAGUAUCCUGUUUCGACUGGAACACCAAUGUUAUCACAUUUAGUGGAAUGGGCUCAUAAUGAAAAAUGGACUUUACCUUUGUAUGCAUCAGCGAAUAGAAAAAUAGCAGCCGCUACAAAAUUUCUGAUAUCCACGUAUGAUAACGAUCACGCAUAUUUAAAAGGCCAUGUCAUAAGAGAAAAGAACUUGUAUCCAUUUUCUGGAGCACUCGUUGGAGUUUGGGACACAUUGGCAAUGGUUUUAGGAGUAGAGAAGAAGCAGUUGUCAGUCAAAUUUACUGAUAUAAAUUUCUUUACACAACCGAUUCUUCUUAAACAGCGAAACUUGCGUUUAAAUAUAGCUUUACAUAGAGGAAAUGGCCGUUUUGAAGUAUUAGAUGAAAGUACUAAAAUCGUAACAGGCUAUAUAACUGGGGAAAUUAAAAAAGACAGUCCACACAAUGUUAAUUUAAAUUGUAAGGAGGAAAUGCAACUUAAAUCAGAUGAUAUCUAUAAACUCUUUUCUAUAAGAGAUUAUAAUUAUUCGGGUGUAUUUCGUAGUAUUUACAAUGCUAGUUUGUCAUUGUCUGAAGCUAAUAUAAAAUGGGAAGACAAUUGGGUGGCCAUGAUUGAUAGUAUGCUCCAAUUAAAUGCGCUCAGAAGAAUUCAUGAAACAGUUUCUCAGCCACACUUUGUGAGAAAAAUAGUAAUUGACGUAAAGAAGCAUUUUGAUGAAAUGUAUGAAAUAGAUGGAAUAAAAGUUACACCUGCGAGGAUAUUUGAUGUUUACGAUUAUACAAGAUGCGGUGGUAUAAUCAUGCAAAAUAUAAGAUUUCAUGAUUUACCAACUAUCUGUAAAAAUGUUGGAAUAAAAGCUUUGAAAUUUGUUCCUCACUUUUCUACAAACACAAUUGAUAAAGCGUCAGCACUCUCUACUUAUAUACAAAUAUCUGCUGAAAAUUUGAAUAAAUACAACUUAAAUAUUGUAGAAAUUAUUGAAAAUAGUGUCUCUGGAUUUGUUGAUACUAAUCAAAUCAUUUCUGAAAUUCCUGGAAUAAAGGCAAAUUAUUCAGUAAUUGCAAGGGACAGCCUUAAAACAAUUAAUACUUCUUCAUUGGGUGGAAUCGAUUUGAUGUUAGUGUCAAAUCUGUCAAAUAAUGAUGAUUUGUGUCAAAUGCUACACCGAGUUCUAACAUGCAAUACUUUUGUGGUUAACUAUGAGAAGUAUAAAGCAGAAAUCUCUAGGGAUCGUCCAUCAUCCGUGUACCAAAGCAUUUGUGCACAUACAAUAGGGCCUACAGUUCUAGAACUAGUGUUGUGGCGUCCCACUGGAUCAAAUGUUGGCACUAGUGUUGUAACAGUUAACACAGAAUCUGACUUUGCACUGCUCACUUCAAGAAUAACAGCAAAACAAUUAAAUCAAAAGCUUGUGAUAUUAACGUCAUAUCCUCCAUUAGCUUCUUUAAAAACUGCAGUAAAGAAAUGGAGAAAAGAGGAUAACCGCAAAAUCAAUCUACUCAUGAUCAAUAAUGAGUUUUCCAGUACCCGGAAUCUGGAUAAAAUACCACUUACUGACUUAGCCUUUAAUAUUUUGCAUAACGGCGCGUGGGGUGGAGAAUACUACUUACCUGCAAAAGAAACUUCAAGCAAAGAAGGUAUUGGAUUAGAACUUAAUAUUAGACAUUUAGGUGACCUAGACUCCUUGCAUUGGACAGAAGUGUCAGAGCCUAGAGGGGCGGGCAUAAAUGUAAAGGUUCAUUUUGCUGGAGUAAAUUUUGUUGAAGUACAGAAAAAAAUGGGAGUUAUAUCAUGCGAUAAAAAAGACAUGCAACUUUUUGAUUUUAGUGGAACUACUGAUAGCGGAGCUCGUGUAAUGGGAAUCGCGAAUUAUGAAUAUAUAAGAACACAUGUUAGCGUGAAACCGGAAUAUGUGUGGCCUGUGCCGGCACACUGGACUAUGGAAGAUGCAGCUACAGUUCCAUUAGCCUACUGUCUCGCUCUUUAUUGCUUGUGUAUUAAGGCAAGACUCAAGCCUGGAAUAACAAUUUUGGUACAUGGAGGCGCUGGUGCUUUUGGCCAGGCAGUUAUAUCGAUUGCUUUGGCAUAUGGCUGCAAAGUUUUCACUACUGUUAGUGAUGUCAACAAAAAGAGAUUCCUGCGAAGACUCUUCCCUGAGCUCAAAGAAAGUCACAUUGGAAAUUCACGAGAUACAAGUUUCGGAGAUAUGGUGCUAUACGCUACAAAGGGUGAUGGUUGUGAUUUAAUCGUUAGCUUUGUUAAAGGUGCCCUUAAAGAUACUACGAUUCAGUGUUGCAGAAGAUCAGGUACUAUAAUUGAUACAACCUUAUUAUUAACUAAAGAAAAAUAUGACUUUGGCAUGAAAAAAUUAGCAAAAUCAAUAUCUUACUCCACCAUGAACUUAUUUUCAAUGUUGGAACAUGAAGAAGAAGAGGAAAUACAGAAGUUGCAUUUAAUGCUUACUGAGGGCAUUGCCCGUGGAUACGUCCGGCCACUGUCUCGUGUGACCUAUUCUCCACAAGAUGUAUCACGUGCAUACAGUCUUCAAGCUGGAAGCCGUCAUCGUGGACGUGUACUACUCGACUUACAAAAGGAUCUGUCUUAUGUUCAGACAAAAAUAACUUGUUCUACUCAACUACGACAGUUGGUAAUAUCAGAGAACGAAUUGCUGGCGUUAAAAUUAGUUGACAGACUAGUGAGCCGUGGGGCUAGAAAGAUAAUAUUAGUUUCUUCGACUGGAUCAUCUAAUUGUCGCUCCCAAAAAUUACGAACUUGGACCAAACAAGGAGUACAAGUACAAGUGAUUCCUGGAAAAAUGGUUUGUCUAAAUAAUAUUAUUAAUUUACCAGCUGGAGAUAAGUCGUUUGCAGGCAUUGAAGGAAUAUAUUACAUAGUUUCUGGUAAUGCAAUAAGUGAGAAUAGUUACGAAAUGUUGGAGCAGAUCAAACUAAUACCGCAAAGAUUAUGCUCAAAUUUAAAAUAUUUUGCUAUUAUUAACGAUGGAAAAGAUGAUUUUGAAAGAACAGUCUUAUCUAAAGUUGAUAAUCAAUUAUUAACCUGGAUUAAGCUGCCUGCUUUGCAAAUGGUACAUAAGAUGAAUGAAAAGGAAUUUGAUGAAGCUAUUUCAGCAGUAAAUGCCAUUGAUGCCAUUGAAAAAGCAAUUUGUCUGAAACAACGUGCUAUACUUAUACAUUCCUUAAAAAAAUGUCAUGCUGUGUCCCUGGUAAAUGAAUUAAGUUCAAAAGCAGGCAUUAGUAUACCAGAUGAUAUACCGGAAAGUACUUUUAUAGCAGAUUUAGAUAUUGAGCCUGCUAAGUUAGAAAUGUUUAGGUCUUAUUUACAUAAUACGUAUCACAUAUUCUUAGAUGAGAAUAGUUUACCUACCUUAACUAUUAAAUCACUUCGUCAAUUAGAAGAUAAGAUUACAGAAAAAGAGUAUAAAGAGAGUAAAGGAUUCGACACGUUUCUGUCAAAUAUUGAUAAUGAUGAGCUACUUGCCACAACCGAAAUGGUGUUUUUACCGACCCUGAUAAACAGUUCAUCGAUGCGGGAAGAUGAAUUCGAUGUAAAUCAAACGUACUUGUGCGUGGUACCAGGAAUAGAAGGUCUUCAUUCACGAUUCAAAAUUCUGUGCGAGCGUCUCAAAUUGGGUGCCCUCGUGUUGCAGCCUGGCCUUGUUAGACCUGACGAAACGAUUCAAGAAAUGGCUGACAGAUUUGCAAAGACGCUUAUCAAAAAGGCACAGUUGAAGGAUAGAUUUUACUUACUGGGUUAUGAAAGUGGUGUUAUGGUGGCAUUGGAAAUGGCGGCAAUUUUGGAAGAUCAAGGUAUAACUGGCACUGUGUUCUGUAUUGGCGGUGCUCCUAAUGAAGUGCAAGCGGUAAUUGAAAAAAAGCUUGAAGACUACAAUACUGAGGAAGAAUUACAAAAUGCCGUUAUACGACAUAUGUUUAGUUUAGUUACUAAAGAAAAUAUAAUGGAUUCAGACAGGGCUCUACAAAAAAGCUCGACGUGGGCGGAAAAGUUGUCGCUAGCCGGACGCAUUUUAUAUGGCCAAGUUAUGCACUCAAAUGAAUAUAUGAAAGAACUCAUAAAUGCAGCAUAUGCAAGAAUUGUACAAGCUCGUUGUUAUAAUGCUGAACCCCGUCAACUUCAGUCUCUUUUAAUAUCAAUCCGGCCUUCAUCGACCUGUGAUCGGCAUUUGAAUAAUAACCUACUUUCUUUGCAAAACCAUUCAGUACGCAAGGUAGUCGAAUAUCAGUUGGAAUCUCCAUUUGCUUAUGCUGCCUAUGACUUGCGUUGCAGUGCGAUAGUUAAUCAUCAUCUUGAUGAAAACAUUCUGGAAGCUUUUGAUAAAAGAAAUUUAUGCGAAUCGUACAUUACAAACUCUGACUCUAUAAUGUCACUUGAAGUAUAUAGCGCCGAA